AUUUUAAAAAACAAUAGGAUUUGUUGUAGCCACUAUAAAAUAAAAUAAAAUCCAUGUUAAGUCUAAGUUAUAUAAGUUAGAGAAUUAAGCUAAGUAGGUAUAUGGGUGAAUCAGAUGAUGAAUCAGGUGGACAAGGUUCUUCAGGAUACAGAGAAUCACUUCAAGAAAGGCUUCUUCCCAUUGCUAACGUUGGAAGAAUCAUGAAGAAAGCUUUACCUGCUAAAGCUAAGAUUUCCAAGGAAGCUAAAGAAACUAUGCAAGAGUGUGUUUCAGAGUUCAUAAGUUUCAUUACUGGGGAAGCUUCUGAAAAGUGUCAAAAAGAGAAGAGAAAGACUAUUAAUGGUGAUGAUCUUGUUUGGGCUAUGACUACACUUGGCUUUGAAGAAUAUGCUGACUCUCUUAAAAUUUAUCUUCUUAAGUAUAGGGAGAUUGAAGGAGACAAGAAUCUUUCUGUUGCUAUCAUUGGUAAAGAACACCAAGCUACUACUACUCAUAGAUUCUUCCAACGUUGAUUCAUAGCCUUCUUUCAUGUUUUUAAUCAUGGCCAUGCUUGAUUAUAGAAUUAUAUGUUCGCUCUGUAAUAAAAUAUAAAUAUAAAAGUAUAUGUAUCUAGACUAAAUUUAGUUUAGACAAAUAUAUUUUUUUUGUUUAUAUUUUAUUAUGGAUAGAGUAUACAUAUUUUUUUUAUUAUUGUUUGUCUGUAUUUUAGUUUUGUUGUUUAGAUUGAAAUAUAUACAUUAUUUAUAGUGAUCAUUUGUAUUUAUGUUUUUGAGAUUAAGAAUAUACAUACACAUUAAUUUUGGUGAUGGUUUGGAAUA